CUGUUGUUGGCCUGCUGUAUCCCUGCAUUGACAGCCACCUCGGGGAGCCACACAAAUUCAAGAGGGAGUGGGCCAGCGUCAUGCGCUGUAUAGCAGUGUUCGUUGGCAUUAACCAUGCCAGUGCUAAACUAGACUUUGCAAACAACGUCCAGCUGUCCCUGACUCUAGCAGCCUUAUCACUGGGUCUUUGGUGGACAUUUGAUCGUUCAAGAAGUGGUCUCGGACUUGGAAUUACAAUAGCCUUUGUAGCAACUCUGAUAACCCAGUUUCUUGUAUAUAAUGGUGUUUAUCAGUAUACAUCCCCAGAUUUUCUUUACAUCCGUUCUUGGCUUCCAUGUAUAUUUUUCUCAGGAGGUGUGACUGUAGGAAACAUAGGACGCCAGCUGGCUAUGGUAAUUACU